GUCUUAAUGAAAGCUUUUGAAUUUACAGCUCAAGUUACUUUUCAAAGCAGUUGAAAACUGAACCGAAUGGGGAUUGAGCUGGUCUGCCUGUUCCUGCUACUUCUAGGAAGGAAUGAUCACGUCCAAGGUGGCUGUGCCUGGGGUGGUGCAGAAACCUGCUCAGACUGCCUGCUCACAGGACCUCACUGCGCCUGGUGCUCCCAGGAGAAUUUCACCCACCUGUCCGGAGCUGCCGUAAGGUGUGACACCCCAGUGAAUCUUUUAGCCAAAGGAUGUCAAUUACCCUUCAUCGAAAACCCUGUCUCCCAAGUAGAAGUACUUCAAAAUAAGCCUCUCAGCAUAGGUCAACAGAAAAAUAGUUCUGACAUUGUUCAGAUUGCUCCUCAAAGCUUGGUUCUUAAGUUGAGACCAGGGGGUGAGCAGACUCUGCAGGUGCAGGUCCGCCAGACGGAAGAUUACCCAGUAGAUCUGUAUUACCUCAUGGACCUCUCCGCCUCCAUGGAUGACGACCUAAACACAAUCAAAGAGCUUGGCUCCCGGCUUGCUAAAGAGAUGUCUAAAUUAACCAGCAACUUUAGACUGGGUUUUGGCUCUUUUGUGGAAAAGCCUGUUUCUCCUUUUAUGAAAACAACAGCAGAGGAAAUCACCAACCCUUGCAGUAGUAUCCCCUAUUUCUGCUUACCCACGUUUGGAUUCAAGCACAUUUUGCCAUUGACUGAUGAUGCCGAGAGAUUCAAUGAAAUUGUGAGGAAACAGAAGAUUUCUGCUAAUAUUGACACACCUGAAGGUGGAUUUGACGCAAUCAUGCAGGCUGCUGUGUGUAAGGAAAAGAUUGGCUGGCGCAACGACUCGCUUCACCUCCUGGUUUUUGUGAGUGAUGCAGAUUCUCAUUUUGGAAUGGACAGCAAGCUAGCAGGCAUUGUCAUUCCCAAUGAUGGGCUCUGUCACUUGGACCACAGGAAUGAAUACUCCAUGUCAACUGUCUUGGAGUAUCCAACUAUCGGCCAACUCAUUGAUAAACUGGUACAAAACAAUGUGCUACUGAUCUUUGCGGUCACUCAAGAACAAGUCCAUCUGUAUGAGAAUUAUGCGAAACUCAUUCCUGGAGCGACCGUGGGACUCCUUCAGAAGGAUUCUGGGAACAUUCUUCAGCUGAUCAUCUCUGCUUACGAGGAACUGCGGUCUGAGGUGGAACUGGAAGUAUUAGGGGACACAGAAGGACUCAACCUGUCUUUCACAGCUAUCUGUAACAAUGGCGUCCUCUUCCCACACCAAAAGAAAUGCUCCCAUAUGAAAGUCGGAGACACAGCAUCUUUCAAUGUGACUGUGAGCAUCUCCAACUGCGAGAAACGAAGCAGGAACCUUAUCAUAAAGCCAGUAGGGCUGAGGGACACCUUGGAAAUACUCGUCAGUGCAGAAUGUGACUGUGACUGCCAGAGAGAAGUAGAAGCCAACAGUUCUAAGUGCCACAACGGGAAUGGCUCCUUCCAGUGUGGGGUGUGUGCCUGCAACCCUGGCCACAUGGGUCCUCACUGCGAGUGCGGUGAGGAUACGGUGAGCACGGAUUCCUGCAAGGAGUCUCCGGAUCACCCCUCAUGCAGCGGAAGGGGUGACUGCUAUUGUGGGCAGUGUGUCUGCCACUUGUCUCCCUACGGAAGCAUCUACGGACCUUAUUGCCAGUGCGACAACUUCUCCUGUCUGAGACACAAAGGCCUACUCUGUGGAGAUAACGGUGACUGUGACUGUGGCGAAUGCGUGUGCCGGGAUGGCUGGACAGGGGAGUACUGCAACUGUACAACCAGCAGGGACUCAUGUGCAUCUGAGGAUGGAGUGCUGUGCAGUGGGCGUGGGGACUGUGUCUGUGGCAAGUGUGUCUGCAGAAACCCUGGAGCCUCAGGACCCACCUGUGAACGCUGUCCUACCUGUGGCGACCCCUGUAACUCUAAACGGAGCUGCAUCGAGUGCUACCUGUCUGCAGAUGGCCAGGCCCAAGAAGAGUGCGCGGACAAGUGCAAAGCCUCCGGUGCCACCGUCAGUGAGGAAGAUUUUUCAAAGGAUGCUUCUGUCUCGUGCUCUCUACAAGGAGAAAACGAAUGUCUUAUUACAUUCCUAAUAACUACGGAUAAUGAAGGGAAAACCAUCAUUCACAACAUCAAUGAAAAAGACUGCCCCAAACCUCCGAACAUUCCCAUGAUCAUGUUGGGGGUGUCACUGGCUAUCCUGCUCAUCGGUGUUGUGCUACUGUGCAUUUGGAAGCUGCUGGUAUCAUUUCACGACCGGAAAGAGGUUGCUAAAUUUGAAGCAGAACGAUCUAAGGCCAAGUGGCAAACGGGAACCAAUCCGUUGUACAGAGGCUCCACCAGCACGUUUAAGAAUGUGACCUACAAGCACAGGGAGAAGCACAAAGCAGGCCUUUCCUCAGAUGGGUAGGCAGACCUCCUUCGGCAAGAGAAAGUCAACUCUGCUUACGUCAAAGGUUAAUGCACUGUAUGAUUUGUCUUUCUUUGUUGCUUCAGAAGGAGGUUGACUUAAUAACAGGUCAUUCAGAGAUCAAUCAUUCAGGGCAUGAAGGUGAGACAUUGUUUGCAGGUUGGAAAUAAUCGAGAAAAGAAUAUCCCAAGCAAAGAGGUGAAGUCAAGACCCCUUGAAGAAUAUGAACUCUGUUGCAUUAAUGCCUCAAAAAAUAAUCAUCAAAAUAAUUCCCGGGAACUUGAUUUGCGCUUGAAAAAUGUUCAGAAUUAGAAUCUCACUUGCUUCCUGAAUCCACCUUCCUAAAGUCUUUGUCUC